AUGACUCGCGAAUACUCAGAAGGGUCCAUUGAUUCACAAAUGUUACAGUUCGUGGCAAACUGUGCUCAAAUAUCUGCCAUGGGCGCCACCACUAAUUACUACUUACCCCCGAACAUGCUUGUUGGCAUUGCGUGUUUGGAGUAUCAGUGGACGACCGCCCACGGUCUUUGUCAUAUGUUUUCCAAACAUAUAUUUAUGUUCACCUCGAUCUCCGGAGUCAAUAUUCCUGAAGUCAACUCAGCCGUAAGGACUUGGGUAGUCUGUGGCAUCCAAAGUUCGAACAGAAUCAUUCCCAACAGUGGUCAGUGCGCGAUUGCUUCCUCCACACUGCGAAUGCUCAUUGAUUCCUAUAUUUUCAUCUUGACCGUCACGAAGACAUGGCGCCAUGUAUUAGAGUCAAGAAAAAUCGGCCAGUCCGGUGUUACCCAUAUUUUUCUCCGAGACGUCACCCGGCGACCGGGAGCCAACUGGGCUAAGUCUUUGUCAACACAGGGACCAUAUAUUUUAUCUCUUUCUCUUUGUCAUCAUAUUGGUGAGGAGAUAUUUCCUACGGCUAUGCAUAUUGCAAGGACUGACGCACUAGGACAGAUCAACGUGCUCGGAAAUGAUGACUCAUUCUACCUCUCUGAGCUCAUGAUAAGCGGUCUUGAUGCUCCCCUCAGCAUGUUACCCAAUCUCAUCGUGAACCGCCUUGUGUUGAGUCUCCGAGCAUAUUCAAGUCAGCUUCACGGAACGGGAUCGGACCCCUCGCCUGUUUCUGAAAUCAGGUUCUCCCAAAACAGGUUUCUGGGAAACAUAGGCGCACCACUCUGUUUUGACGAGGAUGUUGACUCUCUCAUCGCGGAAGAAGUAGUAGCAGACACUACUGAGUCUUAA